GGCGAGGCGCUGUACCACCAGCGGCGCGUUGUCGGGGUGCUGGCCUCCUCGGCGACUCAAGCGACUGACGCCGACGAGGUCAUCGGCGUCUCGCCGGACGGCGACCCCGAGCAGAUCGACCUCUCAGGGGCCUCGCGGGACAUCGAGGCCUGGCGCUGGUCGGAGGUCUUCCGUCCUCCCCCGCCUGGUAUCCCGCGAGGUCAGGUGCACCGCUUCCGGCAGGAGCCCGACGCCGCCGCCCUCGCCACGAUGCGCGCGGACGCCGAGGCGUUCUGCGACGCCGCCUUCCUCGCUCGCGAGCGGGCGGCAGGGCAGCCCGCGGUGCUCCCGGCGACGGGCAGCCUGGUCGACGCCGUGUGGCCCGCGCCCGCGGCGCCAGCCGCGGCCGCCGCUGUGGCCCCCGCAGCCCCCGGGCUGCCGCUGGCGCUCCCUGGGAUGGCGCCCCCCCCGGGCCCUCCGGCCCUGGGCGCCCCCGCCGCGGCCGCCGCCCCGCUGGCCCUGCUCGGAGCACCCCCAGCCGCGCUGCCUGGCGCUGCUCCACCGGGGGCGGUGGUGGCGGCCCCGCUGGCCGCCGCGGCGCCUGGAGCCGCCGCCCCGGCCGCAUUCCCCGCGGCCAUGGCUGCUGGCGCCCCUGCAGCUGGGGCCCCGCUGGCCGCAGGACUGGGCAUGGUGGCAGCGGCACCCUACCCGGUGAUGGUCACGGUUGAGACGACGACGUAUGGCCCGCGUGGGACUCCAGUGGCUCCGAACGGCACGGAGGUCAUGUCUGGCGACAUCGGCAUCCACACGGCUUCCGGCUAUGGUGGCUUGCUGGUUCGUACGGUUCGUUCCGACCAGGUGCAGGAUUUCAAGGGCCUCGAGGCAGCGGGUGACGCCCGCCUCCUCAGCGUGAUCGCGGUGAAUGGUCAACGCUCCCGUCGAGCAUGGCGUGACGUGGCCAGCUCGCUAUCCGAGAUCGCUUUCCCCGACUGGGCGAUAGAGGGCCCCCGCACCACUCCUUGGUGCUGCCGAUGGAUCGACCGUCGGGGCGGGGGCCCUCUCGACCACCACCGCUUCUUCGUGAUGGUCCACCGCCUCCACAAGGACAGCUGGGGUGUCCCGAUGCACGAGUUCGGGAUGAAGGCCCUCGAGACCCUCGGCGCCUACGACUCGCUCGACCUGCCGAACGUCGCGGGGAUCGAGUCGCUGAUGCGCGAAGUGCAGCUGGUCGAGUAUGCGUAUGCGAAGCGCGACGGGUUUGCUGGGGCCAGCACCGCGGUGGCCGACGGCGACCUGAAUGCCAAGAAGAGGGGCCGUGGCCGUGGCCGCGGGCGAGGAGGCGUCGCGGGCGCUUUCGGCUACCUGGAUGAGCACACCGCCUUCCGGGGGCAGCGUGAGACGGGAGACGCCAUGGUGUGUCCCGCCCUGGUCGAGUGGGUUGGCAAGCAGGUCGAACGCGAUGCCAACAUUUUCAAGCAGGUAUUACAUACAGAGUACGUUGACAACUUCGUUGCCCUUGGCCUCUCGAAGGACCCCGCGUAUGCCGUGACUGACUCCGUCGAUCGCAGUCUCCGAGACGCUGGGUUUCGCACCCGCGGUCCGACGGUGUCGGCUGGAGGGGGUGUUCUCGGUUGGACCUUCGACCAGGACGCCCCGACGAUUGGGAUCAGUCACCGCAUAGGCUGGCGGAUGCGACUAGGAUGUCUGGCUGUCGCGGACAUGAAGUACGCCUCGGGGGAUCUUGUCAGGGUCGUCGUGUCACGCUUCACGUCUCGGGCUCUGCUGCGCCGUGAAUUACUCUCAUGUCUGCAGGCUUCGUAUUCUUUCAUCGAGUCGUCUGGCCACCACACGCGUGUUCUCUGGAGCUCAGUCAAACGGGAGCUUCGUUGGUGUGCCGCGCUGAUCGCACUCGCUUUCCGCGACGUCAAUGCCGCCUGGUCCCCCAUGGUCUACUGCGCCGACGCGUCCUGGUGGGGCGCAGGGGACGUCAGGGGCAUCCGCAGCGUCCAGGAGGUCCAGCACGCGGGCCACUAUACGGAGCGCUUGCGUUACUCAGCGGCCCACGAGGCCAUCCUCAAGCCACGGGGCUCGGCUCUGAAGUGUUCGGUCAGCGGCGGGGCCACCGCUUCCCCCCAGGACUCCGAGAUCCCGAAGGCCCCCCUCCCCGAGGUCCCAGAGUCGGUUUACGGCGGCGACUGGUCCCUCGUUAUGUCCCAGAAGUGGUCCCACAAGGAGGCCCAGGUUGUCUUGGAGGCUCGGUCGCUCGUGCUCACCGUGAAGAACACAGUUCGGAACACUCAGAACUUCGGUUGCAAGCACUUGGAGGCGAGGGCCGCCGAGCGGGCGAGGGCCUUCCCUGCUGCCGCAGAGGCCCCACCGCCGCCGGGCGCCCCGACCUUCCUCGAGCUGCAGAGCGUCUCGCCGAAGGCCGCCCAGGACUACCAGACGUACGUGACGGCGUUCUACCAGUGGGGCCAGGAGCGCCACCUGCUCAGCGACAUCGCGACCUCGCUGAGGUCGGCGCCGGCGAUCGACCUAGCCCUCGUGACGUACAUGCACGAGAAGUUCUUCGCAGGCAAGCUCUCCUACGUGCCGACGAAGCUGAUCGCGGGUCUCCGCUACUUCUGGACAUACCCCAACGGAGAGCCCCUCGAGCUGCCCCGCAGCUUUCGCGCCUUGACGGGCUGGAAGCGCAUGGUGCCCGCCCAGAGCCGCCUGCCGUACCCCUGGGUCGCCCUGUGCCUGCGCGUGCAGCACAUGAUUGCCGCGGGCCAGGUGAUGGAGGCAUUGGCCAGCAUCAUCACCUUCACGUUCUACCUGCGCCCCAGCGAGCGCCUGCGUCUGCAGGGGAAGCUGAUCACAGCUCCUGCCCAGGCGCCUCGCCGUGUGCAGGACGGCCAGGGCCAAAUGUGGCCCCUCCUCCUGCACCCGCAAGAGGGCGGCGACACGUCCAGGACGGGCCGCGUGGACGAGAGCCUGCUAGCGGACAACCCCCUGUUCCCGUGGUUGCCGCAGGUGUUGGGCCUCCUGAAGGCCAAGUUCCCCCACUCGCUGGUCUUCAACUUCGGCCGGGCUCGCACUCUCCUGAGCGCCAAGAAGCGCGGCCGCUGGGCCAGCGACCGCAGCCUAGCCCGCUACGAGCGGGGCGGGCGCAUCAACGAGCAGCUGAGCCUCUUGUCCCAGGACAUCCUCAUCGCCGCCGACCUGGCGGCCUCGAACAUUGGCGUAACCCUCGUGUCGGCUGGCCACCCUGUUUUCGAGAUCGACAUGCGGCACGGGGUUGAGCAUGACAUGUGCAGUAAGGCCCUGGUCAAGCUUAUUCGGGGCUGGGUCCGAGGUGUAUGUACGUUCACUGGCUCCCCGCAUUUUACCCUGGAGAUGAAAGGCUCCAAGAUCGUAUCAAAGCAGGCGGAGGUGGACCUCGCGGACGACCCGGGGCCCGACCUGGGCGCGCUGGUCGCCGCGGGCGCGCGGCCCGCGAGGGAGGAGGCCUCGCUGGCCGAGGCCGCCCCCGCCGAGGACCCGAGGGUGGCCCUGCCGCUCAUCGGCGUCUACCGCGUGGAGGAUGCGGCACUGCCGAGCGAGGCCCUCUCUGGGCAUGUCCCGACCCCUCUGCCGGGGAGCAUUCCCUUUGACAAGGUGAUGACCAACAUCGUGCAGAAUGUCGAUUUCAAGUCUUGGUCCGAGAACGCGCGGAACAUGUGGUUCAAGGAUUUCAAGUCUGACCCCUCAAAGGCCGUGAUCAGCGACACUUACUGGUUCUGCAUAAUUUUCUAUUUCCAGGCCGGCAAGUUCAAGGAUGUGGAGCAGCGCCUUUUCAGUCUGCCCGCGGCACGGUGGCGGAUUUCUGCCAAUUUCGUCGGCCUCUUCAGCACGGUGGGCCACCAGCGGAAGGACUUCUUUUUCAAGAGCUACGCCGACGCCGUCGCGCAGGCCGUGCUCUAUUCCAUGUUCGUCGCGUACCCCAAGUCGCGGGUCAAUUUCACGGACGCCUUCCGCAAAGAGCUCGUCAGCCGCAUCUCGUACUGGACGACGGGCAUCUGCCCGGAGUUCGUGGACACCUCCCACUGGAAGCUCAACCUGGGCGGCGGAGACGUGCUGCAGUCUGCGCCCGCGCAGGCCUUCCAGAAGCCGGCGGACGCCACGGGCGGCCGCAGCCUCGCCUCCGCGGGCGCCGCGGGACAGCCCAUGUUCGGGAUGCUGAGCGCGGACUCCCUCAAGGGCACGCGCGCCUCGCUGGCGCACCGCGCCCCGCGGCCGACCAAGACGCUCCGCUACUCGCCGCUGGUGGCGCACUUCCUGCGCGCGCGGAGGUACACCUCGGUCAACCUGGUGCAGUCGGUCAAGAUGCGCCUGACCACCGCCGAGGAGCGCGUCAAGCUGGUGGACGCCAAGCACGCGAACAUGGUGGAGCGGGCGAACCAAUCGUGCGAGACGUGCGACAGGCUCGCCGUGGAGUAUGAGGAGAUGAUGCAGAAGGUGAAGAGGGAGGAGCGCCUGCGGAACCUGCAGGCCCAGACGGCCAAGCGGCGGCUGGAAGUGCGGCGGAAGGAGGUGCUACGGACGGACCCGCACGAGUACGCCAACUACCUGGUGCAGCUGCACAACCUGCAGCCCGGGGCGAGCUACGGCGCGGCCCAGGGCGCGGGCCAGGGCGCGUGA